AUGAGACUCUAUGGUUGCUGCCUUGAAACUGAAAUUCCCAUGUUGGUUUUUGAGCUCAUCUCCAAUAGCACCCUCUUUGAUAAUCUCCAAGGUCAAUACAAUGAGAUUCCUUGCCGGAUCUCAUGGCUUGUCCGUGUAAGAAUAGCCACUGAGACAUCCUAUGCUCUUUGUUACAUGCACUAUGGUAGGCCAAGGCCAAUAUUCCAUUUGAAUGUCAAGUCAUCAAAUAUAUUUUUGGAUGAGUCCUGGAUUGCCAAACUAUCAAAUUUUGGUUUUUCAGUUUCAAUUGCACUAGCAGAAGACUUUUUCCAAGGUAAUUCCAUUGAGGGAACCAUUGGAUACAUAGACCCAGAAUAUCUAGAGACACUACGUGUCACGGAAAAGUCUGAUGUUUAUGGCUUUGGGGUUGUAUUGGUUGAAGUCUUGACAGAGAAUUGCAUAUUGCAAAUUGUUGAUGAUAUGGUGCUAAGCCAAGGAAGCAAUGAAGAUAUUCAAGCAUUCUCUGAGCUUGCAUUGAGAUGCAUCAAGAAGAACAGAGAUGAGAGGCCGGCCAUGGGAGAAGGAAUGCUGGAGCUUAGGUGGAUACAACUUCUCAUAAGAUCAAAACAAAAUAAUGAAAUUGGUUCUGCUUAA